AUGGCCCCAUCACGCACCUCUCGCACACUCGGUGCUCUCCUCGCCCUCCACGCCGGUGAUGCCCUCGGCGCACCCCUCGAAUUUAAACCUCACACUGUCAUCCGCGGUCUCCAUCCCGGUCGCAACGCCAACGCUGCAUUUCCUCGAACUCUUACUGGAGGAGGUUCUCACUCCUGGGCUCCCGGUGCCGCCACCGACGAUACUGAUCUCACCCGCGCCGUCUUGCUCGCCUACCGCGAUGCCAUCUGCAACGGUGACGAUGUCGUCAAUAAGGCUGCAGAGCACUUUCUCGCGUGGUAUCGAGGAGACCACUGGCCCGGCCGUCGACAAGGGAGCAAGCCCCGCGAUGUUGGCCGUGCUACAAGGAAGGCUCUAUCCUCGUUUGCUUCCUCCCGUGAUUCCUCCUCGACAGGUGCUGGCCAAGGUAGUGCCGGAAAUGGUAGCUUGAUGCGUUGUAUCCCUACGGGACUCUUUCAGACUAAUCCGGAACUGCUCAUCAAGGAGAGCCAAUCCAUCAGCGCGAUCACGCACAAUGACACCCGAUGUACUAUCGCCUGCGCCACCUACAACGCCAUUGUCUCUGCCCUGGUCGUACGCGGUCUAUCUGUCGAGGAUGCCGUGUCUGCGGGCGAGCGUGUCGCUAUUUCACUCGAGAAUGGCCGCACCGAUGGGCCUGUCUACGGUGCCAUGAAGAUCGGACGCACAAUCUCCCUCGUGGAAUUGGCCAAUAAGGGACCUAGAAAGCUUGACUUCCCUGGGAUGUGCAGCGGCUUUGUGCUCAAUUCGCUGACGUUGGCGGUUGCUGCGGUACUGGAUGAGCGAAGAUUGGAUCAAGUUCUUGUCGAUGUUGUUAGAGUCGGUAUGGACACAGACACAAAUGCUGCCAUUGCAGGUGGUCUCCUCGGGGCGAGGGACGGAGAGGAGGCCGUGCUUGAUGAGUGGAAGGAUUUGCUGCAGUUUGGCCCGGAGUUUUGUCGCCUUGUUGACCAAAUAUUGACAGUCCAGGGAGCCCUACCAGAAGAGCGACAGAGAGAUGAAGUAGGUCUGGCCAGUGGGCAUCAUGACUUGAAUGUGUCCACUUGA